CUUUUCUUUAUCCAUGUAUGGUUGGUUUUAAUGUUUGAACUCUUCCCCAGCUGGUGUUAUUGUUGUUUUGAUAAUUCACAGCUGGUGUUAUUGUUGAUCAGGUCAGACUUGAGACUUGAGAGAUACAGUUUCUUGUCAACUUGGUUCGAAGUCGUUUCGCAUGAGUAGCAAGUUUGAGAGGGAUCAGAGGAUCAUCACCUGCUUCAGUACAUAGUUCAAUUAUAGCUCACAGAAAGCAGUCGGCAGAAUAUAAUAAACUCGUUCGAAGGUCAGGUGCUUGCAAGAAGUGAGGGGCAGCAGAUGGAAGGAAGAGGGCUUUCUGACUUCUAUAGGAAUACAAGUGAGGAGUUGAUCCUGAGAUCUUAUAUGGAGAGCUCAGUUGCAACGCCUCUACCAACCAUGGAGAUGCUUGGUUUUAAGAAUUUGUCUCAAAACUUUCGUACAGAUAGCGAGGAGCUCUUCAAGAGCUGGCUCACAACUGGAGAGACCAAUUGCUUCAACACAUCAAGCAUUGCACAUCGUACUCGACAAGGAUCACGGAGGAUAUCUACUGAAAUUGCUAGUUUGUCUGGUCAGCAACAUAUUGGUCUACUUCAAAAGAAAAGAAGCAAUGAUUGUUUAUAUCCACAAAUUAAUGUCAUGCCUGACGAAAUGUCUGGUGACAACAAUCAAAAUUCAAUCAGGCAUGGUGUUGAAAGAGGAAUGCAGGCUAGUGAGUUAUAUUUGGCUAAGGCCUGGUUUCACAGUUCUCAGCCUAUGACAAGAAGCCGAUCCUCUGAAUUACGGAGGAGGUAUGUUGCCAUGCAAAAUGCUCAAACUACAGUAGGUCUGGAAGGCCUGCAGACUGCUUCAGGGAAUUGCCCCAAUGUAGUUAAACAAGAAUUUGCAUUUUCGAAUGCUUUCAAUGAUCCUUCUGUUUGUGAGGUCACCAAUCAAUUGGGGACCUUCAUUUCUCCGUCCAAUUCAUCAUCAUCCACUUUCAACACCCCACAAAUGAGUGACAUGGAUAAAGUUUCAUCCGUGGUGAGCAUGCUAAAGGGUACAUUAGAGCGCAAAAAGCUUAGUAACCAGAUUGAAAAAGAAGGUGUAGAAGAUGAUAGCUCCAAUGGCCUUUUCUCUGCUCAAGAAAUUAUAGUCAACACUGGUUCUGAUCAAGGGCAAGAGGAUCGAAUUCAUGAAAUGGCAGGAACAUUUCAGGAAGUAUCCACUAUCCAAGUUAAUAAUCAUAGAAUUACACAAAACUUUGAAGGAUCCCUGGAUCUUGAGAUGGAAGGUUUUGUAAAUCUCAGAAACCCCAACCCUUUAAGCAGAAACUCUCAAGAACCUUCCCAAAGUGAAUCAUCUGCUGCUGCACCAGUAGUUUCAUCUGGCUUUGAUGCGUGUGAUGGUCCCAGCAAUUCAAGUCAAACACUGAAUAUUUGUAAAAGUUCAAUGAAACGAGCUGGAAAUAGGAGUUCAGAAAAUGACUCUAGAUCUAAAGAUUUCAGAGAUCGGAUAAUUGGAAAUUUGAAAGAUGAUCAAAAGAGGGGGGAGCGUUUAGAUCGAUAUGGAUCUGUGACAUCAGCUGUUUCAGGUUGUGCAGUGGACAAGGAGGAUGCCACGAAAAAACGCAGGGUGGAGAGGUCACGCAAAAUGGCAGAGGCAAAGGAAAGGAAUUCAACUCCAGUAAUUCCGUCAGAUAUACAAUCUGUCUUGAAGCGGUGUGAAAAUCUUGAAAAGGAAGUGCGAUCCCUCAAACUUAACUUGUCCUUCAUGAAUAGGAAGGAUUCUGAGCAAACUAAGCAGAUAGAGGAGCUGCAGAAGCAAAAUGAAGACCUCACGGACGAAAAAGAGCGACUCCUAGAGGAGAUAGAGAGGAUCCUUUCAGAAACUGGCAAGAUUUGAAAGUCCAUCCUAGUUUUGCUAACUAGAUUUCCCUCCUCUUUAAGAUCCUGAGAAUUUUGCAAAAGUUCAAUUGGGGUAUGUGUAGAAGAUCCAUGAUCCUACCCUGAUUGCAAUGAACACAGAAAAAUGUAAUGCUUGAUGCACACGUAAAGCAUGGUUUGGUUUAUUUUCUGAA